UCGCUCUCACCCUCCACUCCCUCCAAUCCUCGCCUCAUCUCCUCCUCCUCUCAAUCUCCAUGGAACUCUAGAGAAACCCUAACGCCAUGACGAAAUCCCUAAUCUCCUCCUCCCUCUCCUUCAUCUCCUCGCCUCUCCUCCCUCCAUCGCCUCGUCAUGGCGGCAGUGGCUUCCCGCUCUACCGACCUCGAAGAGGCAUCACCAGAGUCAAGAUGAGUUUUCAGGAGAUACCGCCUCUUCACUCCUUUGAUCCGUUUUUAGAUCUCCAGGGCAUCGUUUCCAGGGCUGAGGGCCUCCUGUACACGCUCGCCGAUGCUGCUGUUGUGGCUGACCCUUCUUCCGCUACCGCUGCUAAUGAUGCGGCUCAGAAGAACGGCGGUUGGUUCGGAUUCAUCUCCGAGGCCAUGGAGGUUGUCUUGAAGGUGUUAAAGGAUGGAUUUUCAGCAAUUCAUGUACCAUAUGCGUACGGAUUUGCAAUAAUUUUGCUUACUGUUAUUGUGAAGAUAGCAACAUUACCUCUGACAAAGAGACAGGUUGAGUCAACAUUGGCAAUGCAAAACUUGCAGCCAAAGAUCAAAGCUAUUCAAGAGAGAUAUGCUGGAAACCAGGAAAGAAUACAGCUUGAGACUUCUCGUUUGUACCGGCAAGCUGGAGUCAAUCCCUUAGCAGGGUGUUUCCCAACUUUGGCUACAAUACCAGUGUGGAUUGGUCUUUAUCAGGCCCUUUCAAAUGUGGCAAAUGAGGGAUUGCUGACAGAAGGUUUUUUCUGGAUUCCCACUUUGUCGGGUCCGACAACAAUAGCUGCUCGCCAAAGUGGAGCUGGCAUUUCCUGGCUUAUACCUUUCGUGGAUGGGCAUCCUCCGUUGGGCUGGUCUGACACAGCUGCAUAUCUUGUUCUGCCUGUGCUUCUUGUUAUUUCUCAAUAUGCCUCUAUGGAGCUUAUGAAACCACCUCAGACGGAUGAUCCUGCCUCAAAGAAUUCCCUCCUUGUUUUCAAGUUUCUUCCUCUUAUGAUUGGUUACUUUUCAUUGUCAGUUCCAUCUGGAUUAUCGCUUUAUUGGUUAACAAACAAUCUUCUUAGUACCGCACAACAAGUGUGGUUACGGAAACUAGGAGGUGCAAAGCCGGCUGUUGGUCAGGAUGGUGGUAGUAUCAUCAGUGCUGGUCAGGCAAAACGUUCUACUUCGCAGCCAGCGAAGACUGGUGAAAGAUUCAAGCAAAUAAAAGAAGAAGAAAAGAAGAAAACGAACCAGGCAUUGCAGCCUGAAGAGAUGCAGGUUUUGGCUACUGUUUCAGACUCUGAUGAUACACCAGAUGAAAAAUCUAAGGAUGAAGUCUUGGAACAGGCUUAUUCAUCUAAUAGUAACAAAGACCUUCCAACUUACACUGGUUCUCGGAAAGGUAAAAGAUCGAAACGGAAGCGUACAGCAAAAUAAUUGGCAAAGUCCUCUCAGGAGAGACUGAUAUUUGAUAUUUCUUCCACUUGUAUUCUUAUCAAAAUGUAUGAUGGCCAUUUUUAAAGCGGUCUAUUUAAUUGAAUAAUUGAUGUGUAAAUUGUCAUUCAAAUUAGCAAGGCAGCAGAAAUUCAACUCUCACAAUUACAUCC